AUGUCUUCUCGUUCUGCGUUACCGUCUGGGAACGACAGGGGCACGGACCAUCAUGUGUCCCUGGCUGCCAGCCGCUCAGACAAGGGAACCAGCCUGUCCAGCCGCUCGCUGGGUGCCCGCUGCAGGAACUCCAUGGCCUCCUGCUCUGACGAGACUCCGCACAUCGGCAACUACCGCCUGCUCAAGACCAUCGGCAAGGGCAACUUUGCCAAGGUCAAACUGGCGCGCCACAUCCUGACGGGCAAGGAGGUUGCAAUAAAAAUCAUUGACAAAACUCAGUUGAAUCCAACCAGCCUACAAAAGCUUUUUCGAGAAGUUCGGAUAAUGAAAGGUUUAAAUCACCCAAACAUAGUGCAGCUGUUCGAGGUGAUUGAGACUGAUAAGACCCUUUACCUAAUCAUGGAGUAUGCCAGUGGAGGUGAAGUGUUUGACUACCUCGUAUCUCAUGGUAGAAUGAAGGAGAUUGAAGCCAGAGCCAAAUUUCGACAGAUUGUGUCUGCUGUCCACUACUGCCACAUGAAGAAAAUUGUCCACCGAGACUUGAAGGCCGAGAACCUCCUGCUGGACGCCAACGCCAACAUCAAGAUCGCCGACUUCGGCUUCAGUAAUGAGUUCACGCUGGGCAACAAGCUGGACACGUUCUGUGGCUCCCCGCCCUAUGCUGCCCCGGAACUGUUCCAGGGGAAGAAGUACGACGGGCCUGAGGUGGACGUCUGGAGCCUGGGGGUCAUACUGUACACGCUGGUGUCAGGGUCGCUGCCGUUCGAUGGGCAGAACCUCAAGGAGCUGCGUGAGCGCGUCCUGAGAGGGAAGUAUCGUGUGCCCUUCUACAUGUCCACCGACUGCGAGGGGAUCCUACGCCGGUUCCUGGUGCUCAAUCCCACCAAGCGCUGCACCUUAGAUCAAGUCAUGAAGGACAAGUGGAUAAACGCAGGGUAUGAUGAGGAUUCCUUGAAGCCCCAUAUAGAGCCUGUUGAGGACUACAGUGAUGCCGCUCGCAUAGAGGUGAUGGUGGGGAUGGGCUUUACUCCCGAGGAGAUCAAGGACGCUCUGCUCAACCAGAAGUACAACGAGGUCACCGCUACCUACCUAUUGCUGGGCCUCAAGAAUGAGGAUGGUGGCGAGUCUCGUUCGGCCAGUACCCUGUCCCUUGCACGGGUCCGGCCCAGCCCCAUCACCAACGGGACCAACAAGCACUCCUUGGCCAUUGCAGGCUCCUCUUCCUCCUCUUCAUCCUCCUCGCACAGCAAGACCCAGCGUAGCGCUUCCACCUAUCACAGGCAGCGGCGGCACAGUGACUUCUGCGGGCCCUCCAUGCCGGUCAUGCACCCCAAGCGGAGCCCCACCAGCACAGGUGACCGGGAGCUGCGGGAGGGGCGCAUGCCCCCGCGUAAGGCCAGCUGCAGCAUGAUGGGCAGUCGCUCGCUGCCACCCUCCAGUCCCAUGGUCAGCAGUGCCAAUAACCCCAACAAGUCAGAGAUCCCCGACCGCCGAAAGGAGAUGACUGCCACCACGAACAACAUCCCGGGAAGUGCCAUGACCCGGCGGAACACAUACGUCUGCACGGACCGCUCCAGCACCGACAGACACUCCCUGCUGCAGAAUGGCAAGGAGAACAGCUCCCUGUCCCACCGCCUGCCCCCCACAUCCCCCUCCACCCUGAGCAUCUCUGGGGCCGGGGCCUCCUCCUCAUCUAGCGAGCGCUGCCGUCUGACACGGGGCUCCACCAUUCGAAGCACCUUCCACGGGGGCCAGCUGAGAGACCGGGGCCCGCCCGUCUACUCGGCCCCGCCUACCUCCCCCACUCUGUCCCACCAUGAUGCAAGUCCCCUGCCGCACGCCCGCAGCCGUGCCACCUCCAACCUCUUCACCAAGCUCACCUCCAAACUCACACGCAGGGUCAAUCUAGAACCCUCUAAGCGCCAGGGCUCAAACAAAUCAGUCUCGGGUUGUACCCUUCCCCAGGGAUCAAAAACAGUUAGGUCACAAAUGAACCUGAGGGAAUCUGCCGAUCUGCGGUCACAAGCUGUUCUCUCCUCCUUUUUCCUCCACUCUUCCACACCUCUGUCCUUUCUCCUACUUUUCUGUCCCUUUCUGGCCUCCAGUCGCCAUUUACCUGGGCAUCAAAAAGCGUCCGAGCCCCGGGCAGUCGGACGUGGCUGGGAUCUGAGGGGACCUGGGGGGCGGCGGGACCCGGCGGAGGUGGUGCUGGCUCUGCGGGAGGCGGCACGGGGUUGCGGCUGCCAGGUCCACCAUGCCGGCCCCUUUCUGCUCUCCUGCACCCACGGGGCGGCCAGUGGUCAAGUGGCCUUUGAGGCCGAGGUGUGCCACCUCUCCACAGGGGGCAGCGCCGCCAACAAUGAGUCUUCCAACGGGGUGCGGUACACGCGACUCUGGGGGUCACCACUUGCUUUCCGGGACAUCGCCACGCAAAUCUCGAAGGACCUCGAACUCUGA